AUGGACAAGUCUGCACAAAUCCCGGGCCUGUCCCAUCACCUGCAUGGUGUAUUAACCGAGCUACAUCGACGACCUUAUCCUCACGUCCCAAACCCCUCAACAUGCAAGAAACGCGCCUCGGUUGCUUUGAUUAUUCGGGUACGACCAACCUACGACCAUUGGCCUAGCUCAAAUUCCAUAGAUGCUUCUCAGCCAGCUCAAGAACGGUUAAAUGAGUUCUUUUCACAGCCAUGGGUCCAACAUGGCGAACCGGAGGUUCUGUUCAUCAAGCGUGCUUCGCGCGUGGGGGACCGAUGGACUGGCCAUGUUGCUCUACCGGGCGGAAAGCGAGACCCAGAAGAUGCAGAUGAUAAAGCUGCAGCUAUCAGAGAAGCUUCAGAGGAAAUCGGAUUUGAUUUGACAACGGAUGAUACCAUUAGUGUGGGUAAUCUCCCUGAGCGGGUGGUCGCUACCAGUUGGGGAUCCGAACCGUUGAUGGUUCUUUGUCCCUUCGUCUUCCUCACGACUCGUAACGACUCUCCGACCCUUCGAUUGCAGCCCACGGAAGUAGCAUCAACACAUUGGAUUCCCCUGCGCGCCCUUCUAUCACCAUCGCUGCGGACGGUGGAAUACGUGGAUAUGUCACAGCGCUUCGGUCGACAAGGCGGGUUUCUGACCCGCCUUGCAGUUCGGUCACUGAUGGGCUGGAUGCAGUUCUCGGCCGUGAGGCUGCUCCCGUCGGAAACCCAUCAAUGUACCACAACCCCAGGCUUUAUUCCUGAAGAGAAUACAGCCAAACCUUCCCUGAUCCAGCGCUUCAAGGGUUGGUGUCUGAGUGGGCAAGCAGAGUCGAGUGACACUGCCCGUCCGCUGCUCCUCUGGGGCCUCACCCUCGGCAUCCUGGCCGACUUCUUGGAUAUGCUCCCUCCCCAUCAGACUGUGCAGUUGUGGAAAUAUCCAACGUUUACUGUGCCUGAUCUGCGGUUGAUUGUGAGCAUUGUGACUUACAAUCUGCGGAAGCGUAAUGCACUCAAUGUGAGAUCGGGUGCUCGCCCUAGUAGCACGGCCUCCGAUGGGGAAACGGCUGCACUCCCAGUCAUACAGACGAAUUUCGAACAUGAUCACAAUGAAGUAGGAAUUGGUGGCCUUGGAGUGGGAAGGUAUUAUGGCCCAACAGAUCAAGCAACAGAUGGGACAUCUUAUGCUGUUGGGAUCCUGCUCCGUGGGUAUUAUGGCCGCUUGCGCAUAGCAAUCUGGGUUUUCCUGGCCUGGCGUGUAGCCAUUGGUUCAAUUGCUGGUGUUUCGGCCUGGCGAAUUCUUCGACGACUGCGUUGA